UGGCCAGGAGAUUCAGCGUGUGCCAGCGUCCGGCUUUCUGGAUUAUUCUCGCGGAGGACUUGGCUGUCUGAACUUGCGAUUUUUUUUUUCCUCAUUAUUUACGGAGGGAUUUCACUGCGUCCCGAGAGGCGUGUACGGGAAGGCUUUCUGGCCUGGGAUUGCCACGAGGAGCGAGCGUAGCCGUGUCCACUGUGGAUUAUCGUUGCAGCAUGACCCUGGAAGAGCUCGUGGCGUGCGACCACGCGGCGCAGAAGAUGCAGACGGUGAGCGCCGCCGUGGAGGAGCUGCUGGUGGCUGCGCAGCGCCAGGACCGGCUCACCGUGGGGGUGUACGAGGCGGCCAAGCUGAUGAAUGUUGACCCGGAUAGCGUGGUCCUGUGCCUGCUGGCCAUUGAUGAGGAAGAGGAGGAUGACAUUGCCCUGCAGAUCCACUUCACGCUCAUCCAGUCCUUCUGCUGUGACAACGACAUCAAUAUCAUGCGGGUGUCUGGCAUGCAGCGCCUGGCACAGCUGCUGGGCGAGCCGGCCGAGGCCCAGGGCAGCGCCGAGGCACGGGACCUGCACUGCCUCCUGGUCACGAACCCCCACACGGACGCCUGGAAGAGCCAUGGGCUGGUGGAAGUGGCCAGUUACUGUGAGGAGAGCCGGGGCAACAACCAGUGGGUGCCCUACAUCUCGUUGGGGGAGCGCUGAGGGCCAGCUGGGGCGCACCUGCAGGAAGACACCACAUACUUGGCACCUCCCCCCCAAAACGGAGCAGCUGGAGCAGAAGCAGGAGGGGGGAGCCCCGCGGCGCCCCACGGCCACCAGAGCUGGGUGCAGCACCCUAGGCGCCCGGCAGGAGACAUAGGAGGAAAAAAAAAAAGAAAGAAAGAGAGGGGUCCCUGGACCAUCAGAAGGCGGCACCCCGAUGGAGCCCGCGGCCCGAGGCAGCAGAGAGAGCGCAGUCUGGACUCUACACAAGUGACAGUGGACAGUGGUAGCCGGCGCGGCCACCCUCACCGAGACCCAGCCAGCCGGGACCUGGCCCAGAGAGGAAGGGUCUGGGGGCUCCCCGGACCACACCUGGGUACCCUUCUGGGGGCAUCGGCCUGCAAGCCCCACACCCUCGGGGCUGUGUUGUGACUUGGAGAUGGGGGUCGCCCAUGAGAUCCCGUGUGUUUACUGUGUUUGUACUUAAGAUGACCUUGCAAUAAAUGCCUGAAACCU